AUGAGCUUUUCACUUCUUAGAAUAAUUGGCCGUUCAACAGUGACGGCCUGUACUCAUUUAAAAAAUAAUACUGCCUCCCUCGGUGUGAUUUUCAAUUCGAAAAUACAUACAACUGGCGUGAGAAAUGAUUUAAUGGAAUUCUUCGACAUUAAGAAAAACUGGAAUGAGACAGACAUAAAAGUUGGUAGAGCAUGGAAACUAGAUGAACUACGUAUUAAAUCUAACGCUGAUUUACACAUGUUAUGGUAUGUUCUGUUGAAAGAACGUAACAUGCUAUAUACAAUGGAACACGAAUGUAAUGUAAAUGUUCGCUUGUUUCCAAAUCCCGAGCGAAUCGAUAAAGUACAAGAAUCCAUGAACAAUAUAGAAACUGUCGUUAGGGAGAGAAAUGUUGCAUACUAUCAGUUAGAAACAGGAGAGACAGGAGAGCAACCAGUAGAUGAUGUUAUUAACAUGUUUGGUUUGCCAGAAAAGUACCACCGUAAAGAGUAUCAUUUACCAAGCUUUAUGAAUACAAGGUGGGUACGACCUUACUUAGAGCAUGGUUACAUCAACAGCGUAUCUGUUAAGAAGUUUCUCAGACUAUACAAGGAAAAACUUUAUAAUACUAAAAGAAAGGCUAAGAACCGAGACUUCAAUCAUGUGCAGCAGCUCUUGAAACGUUUCCCUAACAUGGAUAUGGAUGCACUGAAAGCAGCAUAUCCAGAUGUAGAUCUAGAAAAGGCCAAACAAAGCAAGAAGUCCAGAGGGCAUUAUGUACCAAAAUAUUAG